AUGCGAGUCACCGACGUCGUUCAAUCCGACUCCCCCCCUCGUGCCGCGGCACGAUCACACCCGCCCCCGCCCCCGCCGCCCCGAACCCACACCGGCUUCUGCCUCCGCACCGCCUCCAUCGCCCCCUCGUCGCGGCUCGGGUGCCCCGCCACAAACUCACGACUCCCCAACAGCCGCGCCCGUACGCGCGCACGCUGUACCGCGGGCGGCACCCUCUCCCCGUCCCCCGUGCGCGUCAAAGGGGUCGCGUCGGAAACCUCGGUCCUCGCCAGGCCGCCGCCAAGCUCCAUCAGGACCGUGCAAUACGGCCGCCCGCCCGCUCCCUCGCGCGGGGAAAAACGCGACGUCUUCCGCGGCAAAGUCGUCAUUCACAGCGCUCCCCCCCCCCCCCCCCAGUUCUCGCGGCGUUUCACCUGGACGAGGAUCGCCGUCAUCGCCGCCUCCGCGAGCACCCGUCGCCCUGGCUCAUAA